GUAUACCAACUAUACUUAAAUUUUUUAAGUCAAAAAAAUUGAGAGUAUAAUAUUAUGAAGUAGAUUAUGAGCUUAUGCAAGUUAGAGGGAAGUAAUUGUUGGUUAGGUCCCAUUUUGAAACCAAUAACUGGCCUAAUUUAGGAAAACGUUGUGUCAUUUAAUAGCAUGUCUAGGUCAGGUUCUUUGAUAUCAGAAACUAGCCCAAAUGAGCUUUUUAGUAUCUUAUGAACUCCACUGUGCCUUGUGGUACACAAGUCUGGGUGAAGGUAAAGUUGUAGGUUAUGAAGCCUCUGGAUUUCUACAGGGACGGAGACUUGCUGUUAGUCUCAAAGACAAAAAUCAACAUUUAGAAGCUGACUUUUGAAGGAAUAUUUUUAGCUGACAUUUAUGCUUCUCACAAAUAGAGUUUGAAACAGCUGAGACACUUCUAAAUUCAGAAGUUCACAUGCUUCUGGAACAUCGAAAGCAACAGAAUGAGAGUGCAGAGGAUGAACAGGAACUUUCUGAGGUCUUCAUGAAAACUUUAAACUACACAGCUCGUUUCAGUCGUUUCAAAAACAGAGAGACCAUUGCCAGUGUCCGUAGCUUGUUGCUUCAGAAGAAGCUUCAUAAGUUUGAGUUGGCCUGUUUGGCCAACCUUUGUCCAGAGACUGCUGAGGAGUCCAAGGCUCUGAUCCCAAGCUUGGAGGGGCGAUUUGAAGAUGAGGAACUGCAGCAGAUUCUUGAUGAUAUCCAGACCAAGCGCAGCUUUCAGUAUUAAUCUCUAACAUCACUCUGCUGCUGAGGGAGUCAUGUCCCAGCAUGGCACUACUGUCUCCCAGGAUCAUAGAAGACACUGGGACUUCUUUUGGAUACAACAACCCAGCUUGGUCUUGGUUUGAGUUGCUAUUUCAGACUUGACAGUUAGAUCAUGAUAACCGUGUAAUCUUGGAGAGGCCUUGCAGCGACUCCUUGUGGCUUCAUAAACUUGCCUCUGGAAAGGGUGAGGUGGGGUGAUGUGCAUAUAAACUAUGCUGUUGACUGCCUCAUACCA